AGGGACUGAAAACCAAGUGAGGAGAUGAUUUUUACCUGAAGGCCUCGGCCUUUCCCAAAAGCCUGGCUUGAAUUUGAUCAUUUUUUUCCCAGUGCUGUGGCUGAGAGCUGAAAUUGGGAUGUGCAGUCUGACCCAUUGUGGUGAAACCAAGUGGAUGAAAUUUCAAAAUCUCCAUUGAAAUGACUUCCUCUGACUAUGUUUAACAUGUAAGGCAUACAACUGUGGCAUGAACUGAGCACAUUGUCAUGUGAUAGCCUUUUAACACACUGCCUGAUUAUAAUUUCCAUCAUCCUGUCGGCAUUUGGGAAGAGAGGCGCCGGAAAGAGAAAACCAAGUCGCCAUAUUGUCUGCUCCUGGUCACUGUCCAGGAUCCGUGCUGGAAACAAAUGGUGUGUGAGUGUCAAGUGAGGAAAAGGAAAGGACUUAUACCUUAUCCCCCCACACAGGCAAGAGCAGACUGCCACUCACUGUGGAAUAGUUUCUAAACUAAGGAGUCAGAAGAAUUGCACCAUAUUACACCAGAGUAUAAAGAGAUGAUAGAUAGAUCCUGACCAUCACCCAAGUAACAACUGCAAAACUGUGGAGAUAUGUUGAGUUCCUUUGAAGCAUUGCAAAACGCAAAGAAGGUUGGACAGUGAAACCAACAUCUGGAAAUCGGUCAGGUCAGGCCAGUGAGCUUUGAUGCUCAUCAGAUCUGAAACUGGUCAGUGGUGUGGAGCCUUCCAUCAGAACCAACCUUUCUGAAGGUUCAGCUGUGGGUGCUCAGUCAGGGUGAGGCUGGGAAGAAGUGUGAGUGGCUCCAAGUGUGUUGAGAGCUUCAGUCAUUCAUCGAGCUUCAUGAACAACUGACUCACUCCUAAAGGUGAGAUACUGUUAAAGUGUGAGGUGUAUGCAGAGUGCUCUAUGGGCUCAUAAAGAUCUCUUAAAACACAAGGUGUAUCUGUUGUACAGCUACAUGGAAAAGGAACAUUUCAAGUGUCAAGUGUGUGACCAAGUCUUUGCACAAUUAGCAAUGCUCCAGAAACACCAACACUUUCACGAUGCGGAGAAGCUAUUUACGUGUGAGGUGUGUGAUAAAGCAUUCACACGGUCAUCAAGUCUCAAGGUCCAUCAGACAGUCCAUACAGGGGAGAAACCCUUUGAGUGUAUGGUUUGCAGUAAAACCUUUGCGACAUCUACAAGGCUGCUAAUGCACCAAACAAUUCAUACAGGGGAGAAGCUGUUCACAUGCAAUGUGUGCAACAAAUCAUUCUUAAACUCAUCUGACUUUCGUCUGCACCAACGUUUUCACACAGGAGAGAAACCAUUCUCAUGUGAGCUCUGUGACAAAUCUUUCUCAGGCUUAUCAACCCUCCGUAGACACCAGCGGAUUCACACAGGGGAGAAACCAUUCAUAUGUGAGGUGUGUAAUAAACCAUUCUCACGGUUAACGAACCUGCACAUCCACCAACGCAUUCACACAGGGGAGAAGCCAUUCACAUGUGAGGUGUGUGACAAAUCAUUCUCACGCUCAGGAACCCUGUGCAAACAUCAACUUAUUCACACAGGCGAGAAACCCUUCGGAUGCGAAUUGUGUGACAAAUCAUACUUGCAGUUAACUGGCCUCCAGAUCCACCAACGCAUUCACACUGGGGAGAAACCAUUCAAUUGUGAAGUGUGUGGCAAGUCGUUCUCAGCCUCAUCAACCCUCCUAGUACACAGCCGUAUUCACACAGGGGAGAAGCCAUUCACAUGUGAGGUGUGUGACAAAUCAUUCACACGCUCAGGAACCCUGCGUAAACAUCAACUUAUUCACACGGGUGAGAAACCCUUCCCAUGCAAAUUGUGUGACAAAUCAUACUUGCAGUUAACCAGCCUCCAGAUCCACCAACGCAUUCACACUGGGGAGAAACCAUUCACAUGUGAAAUAUGUGACAAGUCGUUCUCAGCCUCAUCAACCCUCCGCGUUCACAGCCGUAUUCACACAGGGGAGAAGCCAUUCACAUGUGAGGUGUGUGACAAAUCAUUCUCACACUCAGGAACCCUGCGCAAACAUCAAUUUAUUCACACGGGUGAGAAACCCUUCGCAUGCAAAUUGUGUGACAAAUCUUACUUGCAGUUAAUCAGCCUCCAGAUCCACCAACGCAUUCACACUGGGGAGAAACCAUUCACAUGUGAAGUAUGUGACAAGUCGUUCUCAGACUCAUCAACCCUCCGCAAACACAGCCGUAUGCACACAGGGGAGAAGCCAUUCACAUGUGAGGAAUGUGACCAAUCAUUCUUGGAUUCAUCAACCCUCCGCAGGCAUCAACACACCCACACAGGGAAGAAACUAUUCAGAUGUGAGGUUUGCAGUAAAGCUUUUGUAACAUCAACAAGUCUUUUCAUACAUCAGAGGAUCCAUACAGGGGAGAAACCAUUUCGGUGUAAAUUGUGUGACAAGUCAUUCUUGUGGCCCUCAAACCUCCUUCGACACCAAUGCAUUCACACGAGGGAGAAACCAUUCAGGUGCAAGGUGUGCAACAAAGCUUUCGCACAAUCAUCAAGCCUCCUGGUCCAUCAGACAGUUCACACAGGGGAGAAACCCUUCAGGUGUGAGGUGUGCGUUAAAUCAUUCUCACAGCUAUCGAGCCUCCACCGACACCAGCGCACUCAUACAGGGGAGAAACCAUUCAAGUGUGAGGUGUAUGCCACAUCGGUUUCACAGUCAUCGCACGUCCGCAAACACCAACUUGUUCACAUGGUAGAAGCCACUUAAGAGCAUGGCAUGGAACAAAUCAUUCCCCUCUAUGUACACCAACGUUCACAUAGUGGAAAAAACAUACAUGUGUGAGGUUUGAGAUAAAGCUUUGUGACAUCUUUGACACUCCUGAAGGACCAGAGCACUCACUGAGUGGGAAAAAAAAUCAAGUGUGAGCUUUGUCUUUCAUCAAAUCCUCUGCACUCCUGAUACAUUAGUGGAUUCACAAAAGGGAGAAACCCUUCAAGAGUGAGGUGUACAACAACUCCUUCUUACACUCAUCGAUUUUCACACAUAUCAACACAUUCACACGGCGGACAAGCUGCUCAAGUGGGAUAAAUCAUUUUCAAAGUUUUGGAACCUCCUGUCCAAUGCGGAGAUUUGCACAGAGAAAGAUUCUUAAGCUGUAUUGUUUCGGCCAACCCGUCAGCUCUUUUUUUCACCUCUUGAAGGAACAUCCAUCCAUCCUGGUAACAAACCAUUCAUGUGUGAAGUUUUUGAUAAGGCUUUCGCAUCGGCAUGUCUCCUGAUCCAUCAACACGAUCACACAGGGGAGAAACCCUGUCAGUGAAUUCUGUGAUACAGUUGUCAGACGUCCAGGAAUAUCAGUGAACCUACAUGGCAGAGUAGCCUUUCCAAUGUAACUUGUAACAAGAUUGUUUCACCUCUUCCUUCCCUCUCUAAAUGGACUCAGAGCUGGGUCACCUGCUUACUGAGAGCUGUCUAUGUUAUUUCUCAUCCAGUACUCACACAGGGAGAGCUGCCGUUCCAAAGCACUGUCUGUCUCAGCAGGGUCUGUCUCAAACCUCUCCCACCAUCGGUCCCAUUGAUUCAAGAAGGUCAUAGUAUUCUUUGACCCAAUCACCAAACAUCACCAAAAGAAGACAUCUGUACAUAUACAAGUUCCUGCUUAUGCAGAAGCCAUUGUGUCUUGAGAAUGGUAGUAGAACUAGUGAAGAAAGAAAUAGAGAGAAAAAGAUCAGGGGGAAUGUGCAGAUGAGAAGUACAGAAUGAGAUAGAGAGAGAAGUGGAAUAGAGACAGACAUUGAGGAAGUUUGGAAGUGGUGGGGAUGUGGCUUGGGGUAGGACAGAAAGAGAGAGAAGCUAUGACCAACAUUCAAAAAUACUCACUUUACACAUUUACAGUGUAAUUUAUUUAACGAUGAUUUUGCAACUUUUUUUUAAUAAUAGUCCAUUAUUUGGUAAAUUAUGUUGUGAGUAAAGCUUAAUGUAGAGAGGUUCGGGGUAGAGAGAAGAAAACCUGUUCUGGAGUAUGUCCAAUUUUGUUCUGUCCCCCUUAUGAUUUUCUUUCAAUGUCUCUGCUACAGAAGUGUCUGUCUGAGGAUAGGCUUUUUCUGACUGUCUGUGUUAGGGUGACUUUUGAUGUGUUGAAGAGGCCUACAUUCCAGGAAAUUGCCGCUUUCAGACUAGUUUGAUUUCUCAAAUUUCUUCAAACUUCAGCUUGAAGGAGCCCCUGAAAAUAGAAACAUGGUCUUUGAGUAAAUCUCAAAUAGAGCCCUCAGUAUGUUGACCACGGUUAGGUAGGGAAAUAGGGCUAGAGGUGACAGAGAUAGGAAGGGUUUGAGGCCAUGGGACAAUAUGUAUCUGAGCAUCCAGCCUGUGACCAACGACUCUGGGAGUCUUUGUAUUGCAAAAGCUGCAUGCAGCUUUUCUAUUGUCAUCCCAAUGUUUGAGGAAUUAACGUUUUGCAUGGCCAGUAUGGAAAAUAAAGAGCAUGAAAGCAUGAGAAGGGUUAAAGCAUGAAGAGCACUGGCAAUCUGUGGUCUGUGGAAGGCAUGAUGGAAUGAGAAUACUGGAAUGCUCUUACACCAAUUAGCAGAGUAAGGUUAAGGCUGAAAGGUCACUAUGGCGAGAUGAGAUAACAGUCAGUAGAGCUAGAUUUCUUGUUAAGUAUUAUUAUGACAGGAUUGGGACCAUACAUAUUUGGGACAUGAUAUUAAAAUAUCUAAUUAAUAGUUAGUAGAGUCAGCUUGAGACAGGAGACUAUUGUAAUGGAUGGAAUAGCUAAAUAUCUAUCAUGACAGAUUGAUCUGAAAUGAAAGACCAUUGUUGCAAGGAGUUAGUAAUAAAUAUCUAACUGUAACAUUAGAAUAACAUCAAGUAGAAUGUACAACUAAAGAGAUAAUGGGAACGAACAUCACUGGUUUAUAAUGUAGCUAGAGUGAGGUACUUUGAUUAAUAUAGUUGGACAUGCUGAUAAGCUAACAGAAACAUGAUAAAAAAAAAUUAAAAACCACAGACCCUGAGGUUCAUGGGCAUUCGAGAAUCUGCUUUCUCGGUGUCACGGUUUUUUGUUAGUAAAUAAAAGACCAACUUCUUGAAGAACUCUCUGCGUCUCCUGCUUCUCUACAUUUUCUCCAUGACACCAACCACUUUGAGUGGGCAUGCACAAUGACUAAGAGCAUUGAGCUCGUGAAAGGACCCACAUAGUCAAUG